CCAUAGGGCCCGCGCUUACAUAACAUAAAUAGCCUUCUCUACACCAAAAAUGAAUCAUUGCAGCUUGUUUCCAAGCAAUGCCAUACUCUUGGAGCUCACAAGGUGCACUUUCAUGGAUUUGUGGAGGAGAAGUAAACUUGUCUUCUUUUUGUGUUCAAAGAUGCAUAAUAGAUGGAGUGAACAUUAUCUUUUCCUGUGUUUUCUACCUAUUUAUGCUGAUUACUUUAAUUAGAAAACAACAUUCACCCGACAACAAUCGAAAGGAUCGCGUUAUGGUGGUUGCAUCAAUCUGUUGUUUUCUUACUUGCAUCAUGUAUCUAGGCAAUGUUUUGUACAAUUUCAUAGAUCAAGAUGGAAAAAUAGAUAACCUAAGUUGGGUAAUUAGAGGACUAAUUUGGAGCUCUUUUGCUGUUUCAUUACUUAUUCAAAAGAGUAAAUGGAUCUUGUGUCUAAGUUCUGUUUGGUGGAUCUGUUUUUGUGCAUUACUUUCCAUAUUGAACAUUCAAGUUCUUAAGACAGUUCAUAGUAUUCCUGUGUUUGAUUUGAUUCCUUGGCUUGUAAGUUUCCUUCUUCUUUAUUGUGCUUUCAGAAACUAUAGUUACUUCACUUCAAAACAUUCACAAAAGAGCACAAUGUUUGAAGAACCAUUGUUAUGUGAAACUGAAAAGGAACCAAUAGUCCAACAGCAACCAGGAUUAAGCCAUUCCAAUUUCAUAAGCAAAUUAACAUUUUCUUGGCUUGAUCCUUUACUCUCUUUAGGUUAUACAAAACCAUUAGUUCUUACAGACAUUCCUUCUUUGCCUAAUGAAGACAAAGCUAACAAUUGUUACCAAAAGUUUGUUGGCACAAGGGAUUCCUUGUUAAGGAGAAGUAGCACAAACAUUCCAAAGAAUUUUCUUAUUUUGGCAAUGUCAAGAGCUUUUUUGAAAGAGAAUAUUUAUAUAGCAAUAUGUACAUUAGUUAGGACUAUCUGUGCAGCUGUUUCUCCUUUAUUCGUAUAUGCUUUUGUAAACCACGCGAGCUGCGAAUGCGACGAAGAAGAGUAUUUUUAUGAAGGUGUUACUUUAUUAGGGUGCCUUGUGUUGGUCAAAUUAGUUGAGUCAGUAACUGAAAGACAGUGGUACUUUGAAUCAAGGAGGGCAGGAAUGAGAAUGAGAUCCUCUUUAAUGGUUGCAGUGUAUGAAAAGCUAUUGAACCUUUCGAGUUUUGGAAGGAAAAGGCACUCAAAUGGUGAAAUCGUGAAUUUCAUAGCUGUUGAUGCAUACAGAAUGGGAGAGUUUUUGUACUGGUUUCAUUCAGGAUGGAGUUUUGUGUUGCAACUUUUGUUAUCUAUUUGUGUACUUUUUUGGAUUGUUGGUCUUAGUGCAAUUCCUGGAUUGAUUCUUCUUGUCAUAUUUGGAGUCUUUUUCAAUAUUCCAUAUGCAAAGAAGAUAAAAAGUUGCAAGUCACAGGUGUUGAUUUCACAGGAUCAAAGACUCAGGUUAACUUCAGAGAUUCUUAACAAUAUCAAAGUUAUUAAACUACAAGGUUGGGAGGAUAAGUUUAUGAACAUGAUAGAGUCGAUUCGCGAUGUCGAGUUCAAAUGGUUGGCUCAGACACAGUUCACUAAGGCUUUAGGAUCUUUUCUUUACGUUUCUCCACCAAUUAUUGGUGCUGUUGUUUUAAUAGCAUGCUCUCUCUUUGGUACUGCUCCAUUAAAUGCUGCAACUAUCUUCACUGUUCUUGCUAUAUUGAGAAGUGUGGCAGAACCUGUGAGGUUUAUACCCGAAGCUGUUUCUGUUAUUAUUCAAGUUAAAGUCUCAUUUGAUAGGCUUAACAUUUUUCUGUUUGAUGAUGAGAUAAAUACUUCCUACCAAAAGAAGAGCAUUUAUGUUUCAAAAUCAGGUAAAUGCAUUGAGAUAGAGGAAGCUGAUUUCAGUUGGGAUGAGGGAUCAGUUACACCUACUUUGAGACAAAUUAAUUUCGGCAUCAAACAUGGUGAAAAAGUUGCAGUUUGUGGACCAGUUGGGGCUGGCAAGUCUUCUUUGCUUCAUGCUAUCCUUGGAGAAAUGCCUAAAGUUUGUGGAACUCUUAAUUUGCAUGGUGAGGUAGCCUAUGUUUCUCAAACAUCAUGGAUACAAAGUGGAACAAUUCGUGAUAACAUACUCUUUGGAAAAUUAAUGGAAAGGAACAGAUAUGAGAAUGCAAUAAAAGCAUGUGCUUUGGACAAGGAUAUAGAUGGUUUUAGCCAUGGUGAUCUUACAGAAAUAGGACAGAGAGGACUUAACUUGAGUGGAGGGCAAAAGCAAAGAAUUCAACUAGCUAGAGCAGUCUACAAUGAUGCUGAUGUAUAUCUUCUUGAUGACCCUUUUAGUGCAGUAGAUGCACAUACUGCUGCAAUUCUAUUUCAUGAUUGUGUCAUGAGUGCUCUCAAAGAGAAAACAGUCAUCCUAGUGACACAUCAAGUAGAGUUUCUGACAGAAGUUGAUAAAAUUCUGGUUAUGGAGGGUGGAGUUAUUAAUCAAGCAGGAAGCCAUGAGGAAUUGUCGACAUCUGGAACAACCUUUGAACAACUUAUGAAUGCUCAUAGAGAUGCAAUAUCUGUAAUAGGUACUACAAGUAGUCAAAACAAAGGAAAAAGUCAAGAAAUAGAAAGAGUUAGUGAUCCUGCUACUAAGAAAAACAACAAUGAUGAAAUAUGUGAGACAAGUAUCGGCGGGCAACAACUUACUCAAGAAGAAUAUAUAGAAAUUGGAAGUUCUGGAUGGGAACUGUACUUGGAUUACAUUAUAAUCUCCAAGGGAAUGCUUCUUCAGUUUUUAAGCUUAAUAGCAUUGUUAGGUUUUGCUGCUUUUUCAGCUGGUGCAUCUUAUUGGAUUGCUCUAUCAAGUGAAUUUCCAAGCAUCACUAAAGGCUGGAUGGUUGGAGUUUACACUGCAAUGUCAAUUCUUAGUGCUAUUUUUGCUUACUUGAGGUCUGUAUUGGUAGCCCAUCUUGGACUAAAGGCUUCUAAAGAAUUUUUCUCAGGUUUCACUUCUUCCAUUUUCAAUGCUCCCAUGUCAUUCUUUGAUUCAACACCUGUUGGAAGAAUUUUGACUAGAGCGUCAUCAGAUUUCAAUACUUUGGAUUUUGAUCUGCCUUUUGCAACAGUCUAUGUAGCACAAAGUGCAGUUCUUCUUAUAACAGGAAUCUUGAUCAUGAGCUCGGUUACAUGGCAAGUUGUUAUAGUUUCCAUUCUAGCUGCAGUUACAGGAUACUAUAUAAAGGAAUACUAUCAAGCCUCUGCAAGGGAGCUAGUAAGAAUUAAUGGAACAACAAAAGCACCAGUUGUGAGUUAUACAACUGAGACAUCAGCAGGAGUGGUCACAGUGAGAGCCUUUAAGAUGAUGGACAGAUUCUUCAAAAAUUUCCAACAUCUAGUUGACACAGAUGCUGCACUAUUCUUGCAUACCAAUGCUGCUUUGGAGUGGUUACAAUCAAGGAUGGAUAUACUUCAAAAUUUUAUCCUUUUUACAGCAGCUUGUCUAUUUGUGUUUCUUCCCAUGGGAUCAAUUAUUCCAGGCCUUGUGGGACUUUCACUCUCUUAUGCUUUGUCAUUAACAAGAUCCCAAAUGUAUUAUACUACAUGGUCUUGUAGCAUAUCAACCUUCAUAAUCUCUGUGGAAAGAAUCAAGCAAUUCAUGCAGAUACCACAAGAGCCUCCAAAAUUAUUGGAGGAUAGAAGGCCACCAUCUUCAUGGCCUUCUAAGGGAAGGAUAGAGUUCCAUGAUUUGAUGAUUAGAUACCGUCCAAAUGCUCCAUUAGUACUAAAUGGAAUCACAUGUACUUUCAAAGAAGGAACCAGAGUAGGAGUUGUGGGAAGAACUGGGAGUGGGAAAACAACACUUUUAAGUGCAUUGUUUCGUUUGGUGGAACCUACAAGUGGUGAAAUACUUAUAGAUGGACUUAACAUAUGCUCAAUUGGUCUUAAAGAUUUAAGAAUGAAGCUAAGUAUCAUCCCUCAAGAACCAAUUCUUUUCAAGGGUAGUGUUAGAACCAACUUGGAUCCACUAGACCAAUUCUCAGAUGAUGAGAUAUGGAAGGUUUUAGAGAUGUGUCAACUCAAGGAGGUUUUAUCUGGACUGCCACAUCUUUUGGACUCAUCAGUGAGUAAUGAAGGGGAAAAUUGGAGCAUGGGCCAAAGACAAUUGUUUUGCCUUGGAAGAGUCCUUCUUAAAAGAAAUAAAAUUCUAGUUUUGGAUGAAGCUACUGCCUCUAUUGAUUCUGCCACAGAUGCUAUUCUACAAAAAAUAAUUAGACAAGAAUUUGCAGAAUGCACAGUUAUAACUGUAGCUCAUAGAGUUCCAACUGUUAUUGACAGUGAUAUGGUCAUGGUUCUUUCUUAUGGAAAACUGGUUGAAUAUGAUGAACCUUCAAAACUGAUGGAGGACAAUUCUUCUUCAUUCUCCAAGCUUGUAGCUGAAUACUGGUCCAGCUGCAGGGGAAACUCCUUAUAAAAAAAAUAAUCAAAACUCUUUCUAAAUAUUCUCUCUGGUUUAUCAUAUUCUAGUGUGUGUGUGUAUUGCUUUUAUGUUUUUUUUUUUCUUUAUUGAAAAUGACAUAUGUAAAGUAAACAAAUAAAUAAAAUAAUUAGCAAUCAUCUUUU